GUCUUGUAUUCAUAUCAUCUUCCAUUCUUUCCUAUUCUCACUGAUAUCAAACAAUCAGCCAUGUCCGGCAAACAACCCGAGUUGAACGGAGCCUUCUACGGCCCGGCCAUCCAGCCGGCGAAGUCGUACGAGCGUCCAGGGCGGGGCGGAGGGUGCGGGGGCUGCUGCGGCUGCCUCUUCAGCCUCAUCUUGAAGCUGAUCCUGAGCGUGGUCAUCAUAGUUGGCAUCGCCGUGUUUCUGGUGUGGCUGAUAGUCCGUCCGAACGUGGUGAAAUUCCACGUGACCGACGCCACCCUCACGCAGUUCAACUACACGGGGAACACGCUCCACUACGACCUGGCCCUAAACGUGAGCGUUCGCAACCCCAACAAGAGGGUGGGGAUCUACUACGACCGCAUCGAGGCGCGCGCACUGUACCACGAUGCGAGGUUCGACACGGAGCUACCCAGCCCCUUCUACCAGGGCCACAAGUCCACCAACGUCAUCAGCACCGUCUUCAAGGGUCAACAGGUCCUGCCACUCACCGCUGACCAAACCUCCCUAUUCAAGAAGGACAACGCCACCAGGGUGUACCCCAUCCAUGUCAAGAUGUACCUCAGAGUCAGGUUCAAGUUGGGCUUGCUCAAGACCAUGACUCUCAAGCCCAAAGUUUCCUGCGACUUGCAAGUGCCUUUGCAAGGAACCGCCGGGGUCUUUCAGACCACCAAGUGCGACUAUGAUCACUGAUAGUGAUGGACUCCGACUCGGAUCCACUCCACACCACCCGACCCAUAUUCAUAUUUCUUUAUUGCUUUCUUUUGGACUUUGGACUUUGGACAUACUCUCCUACACCUUCACUAUAUCCUGCUCCUGCCAGCCUGCCAUUCCGUUCACUCCACGGAAUUUUCGCUUUAUUAUUUAUUUAUGUCACACUUCUUAUUUGUUAAUAAAUAACUUUUUUCUAUUUUUCUUUAA